AUGAUUCUGCCGAGGCGUGGAACAGACGGAUUGGAUUUUGUAAUGAAACAACGUUAUUCUGAUAUUGAUGGUGAACGCAUGAAACUAUUUGAUCCAGUCGAAGGCUAUCAAAAGUUACUCUUGUUGUCAUUGGAAGAAUCUGUCACAUCCCAAUCGACUCUGAUUAAAAGACGAGUUGGACGACAAGUUUGGAUGGCAAAAGAAAACCGCCAAGAUCUAUGCGACAGUUUAACGCAAGAUGAAGCUGCUGCUAUUUGUUUAUACACGAUGGAAUGGAAGGCAAGUUACCGAGGUCUUUAUUAUCACCUAAAUCAAACAUUACGUUCAAAAGAGAGAGCACAACGAAUCAAAGUUUGGCUGCCCUGCUUGAAACUUGUUGUCAUAGCUUUAUACAAGUUGCCGUCGGUGAAGCAGGCAGUAUGGUGA